CUUUAUUUCCGGUUGUAAUGAUUUAUAAAAACCGAAAUAGGAAGCACGUUUGUAGAGCUAUUUUUUAGACAGAAAGCUGUUUUUACGUUUUCUUUAUAUUUAUUUAAAGAUCAGGGGAUUUUAUACGCUUUUGAAGGACCUUGUCUUCAGGUUUUGAGGUAUGAAAACUAAUUUAAAUCGUUGAUCUUGUUUGUGCAUAUGGGUAUUACCACUGUUCUCGAAGUGUCAUGUUUAUAACUAUAUAAAGACGUGUUUUAUAUUGUGGUCAAGUUUGCCGGAAAAUACAACCGAUGGCUUGCCCGUGGAGUGUAGAUAAUACACCUUUACUCAUUUCUAAAACAUCGGGCUUUAUUUUAAGUUAUUUCUGUUUUGAAACAUUGCGAUUAUUUGUUAGUGUCUGUUGGCAAAAAUGUCUCGAGAACCCGGCGUGGUUGUCUGUUUGUUUACAAAAAUUUGCUUUCCGAUUAACAAGCCAACUAAUAUAUUUACUGCCCUUUUAUUCAACCUUCGUGGUUCAAACUUGUUUGCUUUUGUAAUUAGCUGUAUCUGUCCUGCUGAUCUUUUAUUUUCCCAGUGAGAAACACGGCAAUUAUAAAUACUAGGUAUAUAAACAUAUGCAUGCCAUUUGAACCAUUCAGACAGUAUAUAUAAAAUCGUAUUUCUAUUUCGACUUCAGUGUUGGCACGUCGCUGUAAGAAUGUGCAAACAUCACUUUUCAUUUCCAAAUUGGGUCAUCGCGUGUAUAUUAUGUUUUGUAAUGAUUGGAUUUUUUGUAUUUUAUAUUGAUAUGAUCUUUAUUUAGUAAAUUAUAUAAUAUCAAUAUAAAUUUGCUACAAGUUUAUAUUACACUGAGUAAUUAACAUUCCAGUUCAAAACGAUUAAUAAAAUUUGUGCGUCUAUAAUAUUACAAGCAGGUGGACAUGUAAUAUUAACCGGUUUCCUCAUGAUUUGAAUUAUGAGGGGUGAGCAGUAUUUUUAUUUCGAUAUUGGUUUUCGGUAUAUUUUCAAUACUGAAUGAAAUUGCCAACACCAGAGCCGACACCAAGCCUGGGGUAAUUUGCUAGUCACAAAUUUGUGCAUUUAAGUCUUUAAAAUUGGCUUCUUCCUUGAAACAAACUUUAUAAUAUGGUGAGGUGGUUUGGGUAAAACAAAAAAACCCUGAAAAAAGUUUUUAUAACUUACGUCAAAACACACCAGGGGCCAUGCACAAAAUAUGUAAUGCUUGUGGGGGUAGGGGGUGUUUGAUCAGGAGUCACAUAGUGUCACAAGGGGGGGGAGGGGUAUCACAAGCGGUAUCAUGUGAUGGAGAGACGUAUAGUCUCGAGAAAAUUUAUCCCUGUCUAUAACAAAACAAGACCGUGCUUGCAAAUAUGUGUCCCUUCGAUGACAAAUCAAAUAAUGUUUUCUAUCAAAAUAUGUUAUUCAACAAACCAGCGAGAACCUGAGUGGGAAACUGUUUAGAUCGAGGUUUAAAGGUGUUGAAAUAGUGUCGAUUUAUGGAUAACGUUUUGAGACUUUUGAAUCUGUUGUUGCAUAGUAAAUUUGUGUUUUGUGAGUAUUUUUUUGUGGGGGGUGGUUGGCUCAGAGUCGCAUACUUUAUAAUGGGGUGUACUGCCAGCUGUCACACACUGCCACAAUGGGGUAGGCCGUAGGGAGGGGUAAUAAAAUGGCAAAAACAGUGUCACAUAUUUGGUGAAUGCCCUCUUACAGUUAGAUUAAACUUCAUGCUGCACGUAGUGCUGCCUUGAUAUGUAAGCGGUAAGCCAUCAUGAGGUGUGCUUUUUUCUCAUGUUUUUGACAUAAAUUUGAAAGUUGGAAGUUUUAUCAGGAAACAUUGAACUAGUGUGUUGAUUAACCGAUUGAGUGCCCUGUGCUCUCCCCUUGACAAGUAAAAUUGUCUGGCAUCAGAUAGAGCAAAAUAAUAAAGUAUGGUGCACUAGAGCGCAAGGCAAAUUAACUUAAUAGGCUUACAGUAUAGAGAACCAUAUAAUACUGUAGUUCAUUGUCGGAUAGGAAACAUCAUUACCAGUAACAGAAUUGAAUUCAUAGACUAGUAUGAUUUAGUAAUAAAAGUAAAAUUCUAAGUGAACCAUUGUGCUUCAAUUGUCAUUAUCUUGAUUAAAUAAACUAGCCUGGUACCCAAUAGAAUAAAAAAGUUUAGCCUUUAAACCAGUUGAACGUUUAUCCUAUUAUGGCCUGAAACUUUCCCUGGAGAAGAGAGGUACUAUUUAAUGAGUUAAUUAACCCAUUGAGCACCAGUGGUCUUGCCUUGUUGAGUAAAAUUGUCUGGCAUUAGAUGGAGUUAAAUAAUAAUGCAUUAGGGUGCAAUGCAACUUAAAAGAACAAUGCUUUUGUUGAGCCAAACACCGUACCCUAUAACAGAGAAUAUUUAUGAUGAAUGACACUGUAUAUACUGUAGAUGAUAAACAUCGAAUAAUUAUAUUUUUUAGAGAAAGACUAGAUUGGCCAUUACAGUAGAUUGUAAAAUUGAAAGAAGCUGCUGGAUUGAUAUACUGUAUAUUUUUUGUGACAUUAACUUCAAAGUCACAAUCAUGGUUGUUCCACAGGAAUGGACUUGGUAUAAAACUAGAAUAAUUUUUUGAUAUCUAAUGUCAGUAAUAAUGGUACAGUUAGUCAUUCUAAAUUUGGGAAAUCCUGACCGUUUGCCCAAGGUUUUUAUCUUAGAGGUGUACAGUGCUGCUCACAAGUAUUGUCAGUAACACCCUACGUGGACCAAGUUGUGUGUAGUAUGGGUGUACAUACACCCAACAUAGUUCAACUGCAUAUUCGUGUAGUAAACUUAAAACUGCACACACUGAUAACUGAUAACUUAUAUUUCACACUAUUUCAAGAUAAUACAAAUACAAAAGAUACAAAUUGAUUUACAGAUGGAUAGAGAAUAUACAUAGAAUUAAAUAUUAAUACAUAGAAAGGAAGUGUACAGAGACCGAAGUAGCAUAGCUUUCGAGCCGGCCUCUGAAGUCACACUCGUUGCAGUGGGCGUUUGCGUGUACUGCAACAUCUGUGUGCACUUCAAUUUGCGUGUACAUGCAGACUACAUGCAAUUUUGUCCACGAAGGUGUUACAAUACUUUUGAGCGGCACUGUACUGUAUGUGUCUUAGUAAUCGAGGUUUCUAUCUUAGAAAGAUGCCGUCAUAGAGUCUAUCUUAAAUUAAAGAGAUGUCUGUCUCCGGGAGGUCUGUCUUAGAGAGACAUUUGUAUUCGAGACUAGAUCUCUGUCCUAAAAAGAUGUUUAUAUUGGAGGUAGUUUCUUAGAGAGAUUUUAGUCUUAGAGAGAUUGUUUGAUGAAACAUAAUUAAAUAAUCUAUAGAACAGAAUACAUCAUGCUGUGAUUACACUAAUGUACUAAUUGUUAACACUGCAUGUCAAUUUGAUUCAUAUUUAAAAAAUGUGAUUAAUGUUAAUUAAAAUGUGAUUAUCUUUUGUGAUCAUAGAAUAAUGAAGAAUUUUUUAAAUUUCUAAGUAGAGUACAGGUAAGCUGAAAAGCAAAAAUGAACUAACGUUAAUGAUUGAUUAAUUUGAUUUACACCAGAAACAGAUCAUCUGUCUGACAAGAUCACCCAUCUUAGUUUAAAUAUAAGUAAAAGUAUUCAUACAAACUAUGACCAUAUUAGAGUAGCUAGAAUAACUCAAUCUGUGCUGUACAGUAUAGUAAUCAUUCUGGGAACAAAUUUCCUCUGGAGAUUAGGCACUUAUGACCAAAGGUUAAUUGAUGAGCACUCCACCCCCACACCAGAUCUGGUUGGAUCUACAGUAUGCCUGCCAAAAUUUAUAAUCACGUUUUCUGAAAAUGGUAUGACGUAUACCUGGUGUCCCCCAAAAAACUGCACGCUGUUUGAUUUCAUGUAACGUAAAAGCUAUCGAAAUGAAAUAAUGAUGAUUGCAUUCACAAAGGACUAAUAAACUUAGAUUUUGAUAUAUAAUGCUUGAAUUUAUAUGCAAUAUUGAGCGAGACACACAAGGCAUUUUUUAAUACCACGGACUGGUGGGGCAUUUGCCACACUGGGCCCCUUCCUCCGCCCCACCACUGAUGAAAAAAUGGCCUAUUGCCCCAAAGUCAGGGCCCUAGGACCUGUGUUGAGUAAAUGAUUACAAAUUUCACCAUUAAAACUUUGUUUUGACAAGCUGAGAUUUUUUUAAAAUGUGUUUUCAGAAUGCAGGAAAUGCUACUGUUUUUCAGAGACUCCAAUUUUAAAAAGUUCCCGGGAGGCAUUUCCCCCAGACGCCCUAGCUAACUCGUGCUUUCGGUACUCGGCUCACACCUUCGGCGAUUGUAUACUACCCAGAAUGGGCCCUUUGACAGUUUUGCCCCACCACUGAAGAAUCCUUAAAAAUGCACUGGUUCAGACCAUAGUUAAUAGAGGAGAUGGUUUGGAAACUUAUUAGCAUUACAAUAAACCUCAUUAUCUAUGUUUUUGUUCAGGUUUAUGCAAAAAUGUGGUCUUUCAUCGUCACGUGCGUAUUGUAUUUUUUCUCAACCAGCCAAUAGCAACGGUUUUGUCCAAUUGCCCAUCCAUGACUUUAACAGUAGGACAUUUUGAACAUUCCUAUUGGUUGACUUUAGAAAAAUACAAUACGCACGUGACAAUGAAAGACCACAUUUUUGCAUAAACCUGAACAACAUAGAUAAUGUGAUUUUAUUGUGAUUUUAUUGUAAUGCAAACGAGUUUCCAAACCAUCUCCUCUAUUAACUAUGUUCAGACACAACCAAAUAAUAAGUAUAACUAACAUCCAUAAUUAUAAGGUUGUUUUAUGCUAAUUUUUGGCAUUUUCAAAAACUAGUGGUUCAACGUUCAAACAUCAAUAGCGCAGUCAAUAUUGCAUGUAAAUUCAAGUGCUAUAUAUCAAAAUUUAAGCUAUUCUUUUUCUGGAUGCAAUGAUCUUGAUUUUAUUGCUAUAGCUUUUACGUUACACGAAAUCAAACAUUUUUUUGGGACACCCGGUACUGUACAGUAGAUAAAAAUGGUCAUGAUAUACAGAAGAUGGCAGAUUCUAAAUUAGCAGAUGUAUCUUUAUGUUGUCCCAAGAUAGUCACUUAUCUGGAGUAUGUAUCAUGGUGUAUGGAAAUACUUUGAUAUUUAAUGAUUUCUAGAGUGAUCGUUUGGAUGACCAACGAUGCACUUUAACUCCAGCAAUGUCUCAGGUACUGUAAGUGCAUUCUUUGCAAGUCACGUUUUCUUCAUAUUUUGAAAAUACCAUGCAUUUCCAUACUAACAUUCUCUACAUUUAUUGUGACAUCCAGAACAGCGUGGAUAGUGUUGAAGCUGGAAGGAAAAGUCCUGAAAAGAAGGAACCCAUAGAUGAGGUAGCGUAUAGGAUAAAAUCUCGAACGGUGCGGGUGUAGGUCGUGAUGAUAGCAGACAGCUUCGGUGUGAAAGGAUGUACAACUUCCUUUAACAAAUCCUUCAAAGCAAUCUUUAAUCUUCCAACAGUUUGUUUUUAAGAAAAACUUUCCCAGAAAUCCUGUCUGGAUCAACAGAAAUUUUAUUUUCCAAAGUUUUGAAAUGAAGGGACAUGCAGAAAUUCUCAACCAAAACAGGAGGUUAAAUUUUAAAAAUGUAAACAAAAUUUCGACGUUUCGAGCGAAGGCCCUUCGUCGAGAAGUUAGUAAGCUCGAAACAGCGAAGUUCUGUCUAUAUUGUUAAGUUAGUUGUAUGCUUUGCAGCACUGCUGUCAGCAGAGUUCGUUCAAAACUACAGUAGAAAGUCCUUGAAUGUCCUUGAAUUUGAAAACAAAAAUUCAAGGCCUUGAAUGUCCUGCAAUUUGUAAAGAAGUGCUUACAGCUCACAGAAAAACAACAGUAGCUAAUUUCUUCAACCUACAGGGUGCGAAUUAAGAAUUUUUCUGGCCUACAAUUAUUUUCAAAAAUUCUAGGCCAUUUAAGUUAUACCAACAUAUUUCAAUGUUGACCUAUAAAUGCAUGAUAUUUUGCGAUGAAAAGUAUUUCGGACUGUAUUUUGUUUUUGUGUUUCUUUCUUUCCCUAUAAAUUAUGUGGCCAGCUCUUCGGCAAGGGAUUCCCAUGCAGUGUUUAAUUUAAAACUGAAUCAAAAGUUAGCCUACAAAUUUUUCUGUGAAAUUGUAGGCCGCCUUUUUGGCCUACAAAACUGCUUUUUCGUAUGACAAUCUGUCGUUUGUAGGCCGUUAAUUCUCAGCCUGCAUGAGGACAUCCUAGAAUACAUUCUACAUUUGUCCAUUAUAACCAAAGUUAUAUAUUUAAGGUGCUGCUUGCUGGCAAGCCAUACCCUCUGGUAGUACUUCCUGUGACAGGAGAUUAUUGGCAAGAGGGAACGAACCAUGUCUGUGAGUUUGACAAGAGAGGAAAACAUAUUAUCAAGAAAAUAGAUGAAGAUGAUCUGGUUAUUGAAGAUGAUAUGGGAUAUAGCGUUUAUAAGAACUUCUUUAAGAAACAGGUAUACGAUAUUUCAUGUUAAUUUACAUUGCAAAUUACAUGUAUUAUGACACACCACUCUAGAAGAAUAUGCUUGACCAUACAUUUUCUGCUUUUCGAAUAGCGUUUAGCGGAACUGUUACUCAGAAUGCUUUAGACUUUGUUAAGUAUCAUUGUUAAAUACUUACCGGUGUCCCAGCAGAUUUGGACCCCCCUCAAAAUGGACCCCCCGUCCAAAUCCGCUAGCGAAUAUGGACCGGGGAGUCCAUAUCCGCUAGCGAAUAUGGACCUAUGGGGGUCUUCACUCGCUAGCGGAUUUGGACUCCCCUCGCGAAUUUGGACCCCUCGCGUAUUUUAUCAUUGCAACGUAUUGUAUUUUGAAUAUUGUACUGAAAGAGUUUUAAAUCGUCAUAAAUCUCAUCUGAUUUAUUUUAAAAACCGUACGAAGAUUCUUAGAUUAGAAAAUUCCAUCAAAUCAUAGAUGUUUUGAUUAAAGAAUUCCGUCAAAGUUUAUGAUUUAUAAUUUUUCUGCUACAUGGGUUUAUUUCUAUGAUCUUGGAAUGUGCGAGAAGCGCAUGAAGCCUUCACAAGUAUUUUACUCCUUGGAAUUGCUAUCCGCUCUGACGCUUAACUAAUGAAAUAAAAACGCAAAAUGAAAAUAUAUUUCAAAUUAUUUUUGCCUUAACAUACCCAUAACAAAGUGAUGCAUUCCAUUCAACCCUAAACUUUUAUAAAAUUAGCAUCUCAAUAAAUUGUUUUCGUCAUUAAGCAAAUUCCAAGAUAGUUGAGUCAUGCCAAUAGUUAUCAUACAUACCGUUACAUCGCAUGUUUAAUACAUUUGUUAUUAUAUUGUUAUUAGCUAAUAAAUGUUGUACAAACCUUUCGCAAAUGCUCUUCUCAUUUUGGGAUUACUUUAUUAAUAUCGUUAGACUUUUACGCAAAGCUGGUUAUUUUGAUCUCGAGAAUACAUAUAUUAUCUAUAAUUUCAUCAUAGAUAGACGACAACUACUCGUAUAAUUAAUUCUUAAAUCGAAAAUUUCUUUUUGUGACUGAUUUUAGGGGGUCCAAUUCCGCGGAAGGGGGUACAUAUCAGCUAGCGGAUGUGUACCAUAGGGGUCCAAAUUCGCUAGCGGAUAUGGACCGGGGGUCCAUAUCCGCGGGGAGUUCAAAUCCGCUGUGACACCAGUAUGUUAACAUGUGGAGGUUGUUAUAUGCACAGCCAUAUUUUCAAAUGUACAGUACUUUAAAGUGCAUAUGACAUGAAAUUUCUUAUUUUCUUAAAUGAAAGAACUCUUUAAGCUGUAGUGUAACUCAUUUUUCAGUUUCUUGUUUUUAUGGUUUGUUCCCAAGAUAUUUCAAUUUGUUUGAUAUGUAAAUGAGUGUGAAUAUGUCCGCUAAUUUAUGACGUCACCUUGGUUGCAAGCUCUUCAAAAUGCUUGAAUAUCACUGCUAUCAUCCAAGAUAAUAAUUUCAAACUUCGCUCACUGGUAAAUGUGAUGAAACACUGGAGAAAAACGUGAACUGAUAUCAACAGUUUUUAGAGUUAAUACAUUUAUAACCAGUGUAAGUUGAGCUUGCAACUAACGUGACGUCAUAAAUCACACUCAUUUACAUAUCACGCAAAUUGAAAUAUCUCGGGAACAAACCAUAAAAAAGAGAAACUGAAAAAUAUUAUAAGUUACACUACAACUUAAAGAGUUCUUUCAUUUAAGAAAAUAAGAAAUUUCAUGUCAUAUGUACUUUAACAAGCAAAUUUACUGCACUGUUCUACAACUAUCCAGUUACGCAUACGUCAUAAAAAGCUGAAAUAAACUUUAUAAACGAAAGAUAAUGUAAAACGUAACAGAAUAGCGAAUAUGUAGAUUCGGCGAUCUCAAAUAAUGGCAAUGCUGGGAUAGUAGCGUUGCGGACUGCAGAGAAGAGUGGGUAGUAAGGCUCCCUCAUGCACCACCUCAUGGAAAACCUGCACCCAUCGUUGCAGAUGAGGCUAGAUCCGCCCCUCUUAAAACGUCUUAGGCCAGGGUCAAACGUCGAACUUUUCAUGCGCCGAACCUAAUGUUAAUGAGCUAAGUUCUUCAUUUGCAUUAGGUUCGGCACAUGAAAAGUUCGACGUUUGACCCUGGCCUUAACCACUGUCGAAUGACACCUUUAUGGAAUCAUUGCGAUAAAAAAUGACCAAAUACUGUACGGUCUGAUUUAAGUGGUCGGUUGAAAUUGUAAUGUUCCACUUUUAGGAUUUAAAUGUUCUUCCACUUUUCGAACAUUUGCCCAAAUGCUUGCUGCCCAUUUGGGAAACGUAUGGCAUUGCGAGUUCAAUCUACAAGCUUCCAGUUCUGUAAAAUGUUUUUAUCACUCAAUCAAAAACUUGUUGGUUUCGCAUGCGUUGCGCCAUUUUGAUCCAAGCGACUCAAAUUUGAAUCCCAAAUGAGAAUAAUUUCAACACUCAGUCACAAUUGGUCAUUCCGAAGUUGAUGAGAGGACUGGGGACGAGUGUUAAAAAGUGCCCAAAUUAAGAAAUGAACCAAAUCACUAAAAAGAUCACCUCAAAAUUAGUAAGUAUACAAAGUUUGAUCAUGAAGACGUUUACAUGAAUACCCUUCAAAUAAUAAGCUUUCGAAAAUUGCGAUAUUUACUGUGAAAUGCACUGUAAUUUUUGUUUUGGGGCACGCGCGUCCCAAAAACAAUCUUUUAAUCAGUAAUUUCACAAUUUUCGAAAGCUUAUUAUUCGAAGGGUAUUCAUGUAAACGUCUUCAAACUUUGCAUACUUACUCAUUUUGAGGUGAUCUUUUUAGUGAUAUUUUGGUUCAUUUCUUAAUUUGGGCACUUUUUAACACUCGUCCCCAGUCCACUCAUCAACUUCGGAAUGGCUAAUAGAGCGUUUGCACUCAUUCCCCAGGGUGGUGUUCCAGACAAAAGAGCCUAAUUAAAAUUAUUUUGAAUUGGAACACCAACAUGGCGGCUGUGAUGUCAUGUGCAAACGCUCUAUAGCUUUACAUGCAAUUCCCAACGGUGGAAAAAUGCGAUUUCGAGCGGCAUUUUUAAAUCGCAUCGUAUUUGGCUAUUUUUGAUCGCAAUGAUACAAGAAAGGUAUUAUUUGACAGCUAAAAGCCCGAUCUUUAUUGGUAUGAAAAAUGUAAAUGGUUAAACGCAAUAUAUAACUCACAAUAACAUGCCAAGGAUGGAUUACCUUUUUUAUAUAUCAAACCGCAUAUUAGGAAUUGAACCCACCGUUCGAGAUUGUAUCAGAAUGGUGAAAAGCAUAUGCCAUAUAUAGACAGUGCUUAUACCGCUGUUGCAAAAACACCCAGUAAAAAUAAAAUAAAAUCCAAUUGCAAAACUGAUCACUAAUUUUCUACAUAUUGUUAUUGUUUUAGGAGCAUUUGAACUUUACGGCGUACACCUCCCUAGGAUCACUUCUGCUUUCACUGAAGUUUGAAGAAAAUUGCGCUGGAAAUGGUGAGAAGGAUGGUGACAUUGUGAGGAUUAUUCUCAGGUACUGUAUAUAGUAUCUGUUUGAAUAAUAUUAGCCAAGCAUCUGCCAGCAAUGUAUGGCAAGUUUAAAAUAAUUUCCCCUGGCCCUAUCCACUUGACAGCUGAACUCUCUAGCUGUACGAUCACUGGACCGAAGAUAUAGUUUAACUGCACAAAUAUUGUUAUUUUCUUCAGGUCAUCGGAUAGAACAAUCCAAGGUGCGAUAUCAAGCAAGGAACUGCCUCCUUGCCCCGGACCCAGAGAUAUUGUUAAAGUAAGUUCUCUUCUUGUGUGUUACAAAUUUGGUUGUGCUCAUAUACUGUAUAGGUUAUAUUGGUGAACCUUCAAAUAAUUUCAUUGUCUUUAGCAAUUUGUACCUGAUCUUUUGGAAGACUUCAGUGAGCUACACUUUCAACCUGCCAUAUAUCCAAAGGUUUGUCAACUAAACCUAAAUAAUUAUAUUUAUACUGAAUAAGUCUCAUUCUUUUCUGAACUGUUUCACUGUAAUCACUGUAGUUGUUCAGUCGGAUCCACCCCUCAUUGAUCCAGUGCUACUGAAGAUGUGUGCAAGAUAGAAAGAGUUUCAAUCUCAAUUCAGUUAUUGCACUCGUUUGUCUUAUUCUAGGCAUACAGGAUGUCCCAAAAAAACCAAACUGUUCAAAUAACGCAUUGUUAGAAUUUGAAUGCCUGAGCACUCAAUAGUAUAGUUCCAAUGUUAUCAAAGAAUGCUCGGGUGUGAAGAAAAUAUCUUGCAUCUAAAACAAUCGGUGGCAGUAAAAAUAGGAAGAAAGUUCGUGAAUUGAAAUUUGAGAUUGUCGCCACGCUUUUGGAAUUAGCAGCAAAAAAGUGCAUAAAAGCUUGAUAUAAGUAAAUUUUAUGCAUAAACUGUUUAAGAAGCUGCUUUAAAUUCCCAAGAGCAGUGCGCUUUACAAAAAUAUUUUAAUUUGUAAAUAAGUCAAUAUUUAUAAUAUAUGCACGCUGUCAGUAUUUUACGCAUCUUUGCGUUCAGCUUAGUGCUAAGGCAUUCAAAUUCUAACAAUACGUUAUUUUAAUAAUUUGUGUUUUUUUUUGGGACACCCUAUAUAACGAUAUGACAAUUUUUUGUUUUUCUUAAUUAGGCAUCAUCCCUCAUUAGUCGCUUUGAUGAACAUGGUCAUGCAGAGAAAUUUAAAGUUGGAGUGAUCUAUCAGAAGUCACAACAGGUAUAUAGACCAUUGAUUUACAUUGGUUCAUAAUUCAGCACAGCUUAAAUCAUAUUGUAUACCAUUCCAUUCUAUUCCAGCUUAUGAAUUAUUAAUGAUAAUAAUUCAUAUUUAGGCAAAAAAAAAUAUGCGGGUUUCCGGUUUCCCGACCCUACCUACAGCUUUUGGACGUCGAAAUCCCGACCCUAAACUUUUUUAUUGGAUCAUGCUUGUAAGUGUUUCCACUUAGAGGAAAAAGUUUGUGGAAAAUUGAAAUUUGAGGCAAUAUUAGGGAAAUUUAUCUUUGGAUGUGGAAGCACUGACUAAACAAAAUGGCGUCCGGUUGUUAGGAAAAUAAAAUUUUUUAAAAAAAAAGUUUAAAAAAAAAGAAGUUAAAACCGACCUACGUCACCUACCCUACCUAAGUUUUUAUAAGAAGAAACUGGAAACCCACAUAUUUGUUUUUGGCCUAAGCUGAAAUAGAAUAGAAUAGAAUAGAAUGGAAUACCAUACAAUAAAGUGGAAUAGAAUGAUAUAAAAUAGAUUGGAAUAGAAUGGGAUAGAAUGGAACGAAAUAGAGUAAUCUAAUGGACAGAAUGAAAUAAAAUAGAUUGGAAUGGAAAGAAUACAUAAGGAUAGAAUGGAAUGGGAUAGAAUGGAAUUAAAUGAAUAGAAUGAAAAGGAAUUGGAAUAGAAUAAAAUGGAAUAGAAUAGAUUGGAAUAGAAUAAAUAGAGUGAAAUAGAAGAAUGGAAUAGAAUAUAAAAAAUAGAAUGAAUAAAAAUAAAAUGGAAAGAAUAGGAACAUAAUAGAAUAAGAAUAGAAUAGAACUAAAAUAGAAAGAAUAAGAGUAGAAUAUAAUAAAAAUAAAAUAUAAAGAAUAAGAAUAGAAUAGAACAGAAUAGAAUAGAAUGAGAAUGAAACAAAAUAGAAUAGAAAGGAACAGAAUGACACGGAAGAGAUUAGAAUAUGAAUAGAAAUAUAAUUAUGAAAAAAAUAUUGGUGGAAUAGAAUAUAAUGGAAUCGAAUAGGUAAGAACGUACUUAAAAGUGUAUGUCGUCUAUUGAUAUUUGCAGACAAGCGAAGGACAACUCUUUAGCAAUAAAUCUCACAGUAAGGCCAUGCAUGACUUUCUCCAGAUCUUGGGAGAGGAAGUCGACCUGUUAGGUUUUAAAGGGUAAGUUAUGUUAUGUUUAUAUAACAUUUUCCAGCCAUAUGUAUGGGAUUGCAUUAUGUCAAUUUGACUGCAAUGAUUUGUGGUAUUUUGUCAUGGUACUGUACAUAUAUAUUCAGGGUAAUUCAGGGUGUUAGCCAGAAGAAAACAAAAUUCGGCAAUUUACAAUGAAAUUGGGAAAUUCGGUUGGCCCGUGAAAUUGUCACCUAGUAAGAGUCAUUCUUAACUCGGGCAGAUGAGCAAGAUUAGGCGUGCUAAGUUGCAAAUCCUCGCAACACAGAUCUGGUUUCCAAUUCGUCUGGAGCAAAAUGUUGACGUUGAACAAUCUUACUGUAUAUGAUGGGAAAUUGCUAGCUAAACAUAAUUGGGAAAACGGCGUACAUAACGCCGAACUUUUUACUGUAGCUAUUAAACACCCUGACAUUGUGUUGUCGUUUGUUUUCAGGUACAAUGGAGGCUUGGACACGAAGAAUCAACAGACUGGUCGGAAGUCUGUUUACACAACAUAUAAAGGAAGGUACUGAUAUUACGGCGCCCAAACCAAGUUAGGCAUCAUUUUAUACUCGCUGCGUGAGCUUAUUAGUUUGUUCGGAAUCAUAGCCUUGGUAUUUUUUAAUAAAUACCAUGUCUUCGCGUGUAGUGUUUCCAGUUUGACUCUACCAAACAGCACAGAUUUCCUCCGGUAUAAAUAUUUUAAAAAAUUAGACAUUGUGGUUUUUGGUUUGGUGUACAUUCAUACAGUAACAUUGUAUAAUUAUAGGGAGAUUAUGUUUCACGUUUCCACAUUGUUGCCAUAUACCAAUGGUGACGCACAGCAAGUAAGUCGUGGAAUAAACCAUUGUAGGUAUUUUGAACGAUGAGGGUCGUGGAAGCCCCUGGAAGGUUGAAUGAUUUCAGAAAUUAUUGGAGAGGGAAUUGUUCCAACUGCCCCACCCCCAGUGUCCACUACUGAUUAAUACAAUAUCCCAUGGUUUGUGUCUGAACAUUUGACAUAUCUCAUCCGACGAAAACAAUGACGUCUGUUCCGACGAAAUCAAUGACAGUUUCGAGCUGAAUUUUGGCUAACGUGUUUUAUUUGGAUUCUUUGAAUGGUAGCUGGACGACUGUGUAAAAAAGCUGUAACAAUAAUUUUUCAACCAUGAAAGCAUUGGGGGGCUAUACAUUAUAAGCUAGAUAUUGCAUGAAAUUUAAGCAAACGUUUUAAAGAACUAAGAUUCCCAGCUACAAAAGGUGGUCAUAAUAUAUAAUAUGUUGACAACUUAUGUAAGUCCCAAUAUUUUGCAAAAUUUCCGCCACUGAUUGUAAUCGACUGACUGAAAGUUAAAUUCUUCUUUUCUCUAGUUACAAAGGAAACGACAUAUUGGCAACGAUAUCAUUGCGAUUAUUUUCCAAGUAAGACUUUUCUCUUCACGGCGUCAAGACUUUUCUCUUCACAUCUCUUCAUAGAGCACCAAAAUAAGACUAAAAGUUUAAGAUCGUAUAGGGAUUUAAUUUCACAAAUCGUUAGAUGCUAACAUACGUUUUGUUGACAUCUUCCCAGGAUGAAAACACGCCAUUUUGUCCGUCGUCCAUUCGCUCAAGUUUUCUUCACAUUUUCAUUGUCGUUCAAGUAGAAGAAGCGUAUUCGAAGAACACAAGAUAUAAGGUACUUAAAUAUAAUGUCCUAACUCGCGUUGGACUAGUGUUGUAUGUACAGUAGCUCUCCAGGAAGAAUAGAUAGUGAAUUUUAAAAUUGAUCUUUACAAUUGUGUUAUUGAUGGAAAUACCGUAUUGUAUGAUUAUAAAACACUCAAUUUUCGGGCUAGCAUUGCUAGCAUUCACAGGGCUGCAAAUUACUGUCGGUCAUCGGAGAAUGUCCGACUAAAUUUGGCAAAUGUCCGAGCAAAAGUAAUUUUGAUCGGACAUUGGUCCGAUCACAAAAAAAUUGUCACAUACAUUUUUUUGCUGUGACAAAAUCCGAUUGCAAAUUCACUCAAUUUGCAUUUUGCAAUAAAAUUUACGAGGCAGACAUAUAUCGAUGCUGUUUCAACUUGCUAUCAGGAUGUGUUCGCACUGCUUGUUCCUAGUUUGUAGACAAGUUGCCAACGGCUUGUUCACAACUUGCUACAAGGUUGUUGACUAAACUAACAAUGACUCGUCCAGCCAACUUGAUAACAAGUUGUAAGUGACAAUUAACCUUGUAGCAGCUUACAGUAAUAAGAUUACAACGUUACAGUUCUUACAAGCUUGCUACAAGUCUGUUGCGAACACAUCAUGUUGGCAAGAUGUCAGAUUUUACGUGAGCAAAGUUAAUUCUUUUUUCAAUUCAAGUCGAUGUUUUCUUUUUGCCUUUCAGAUAACUGUAACUUCCAAAGAAGAUGUGCCAGAGUUUGGACCCAGUCUGCCUAACCCAGCUGUUUUCUCAAAAGUAUGUACAGUAGUAUGCAUAGAGCACAUGCAUGGUAUUUAUGGUUGGCUUUUAGACAAAUUAGCGAGCUUAAGAUCUACAACGCGAACUUACGACGCGGACGUCGCAUUAAACAAGUUUUAUUUUAAAACGAUGGCAAAUACCAUUAAAAUAUUUUUAUCACAGUAAAUAAAAUGAAAUUAUACUGGAAAAAAUGUACAACAUAACAGAGGCUAGCAAUAUAUUAAGAAGAUAUUUUUUAUCAUAAGUUUUUACGACUUCUAUGACGGCGAAUCUUUGCAAAUAUCACGUCGUCUCGGAUGGUAGUUUUGGCGGGAAAAUGUGCAUUCGUAACAAUAGUCUAUAAAGCGUGGUUUCUAUCAUUUCGUAUGGCUGUUAACGUGUCAUAACAGUGUCACAAAUCUCGCAGAAAAAAAUUGUGGCAACUCUGACUAGGCUUACACUCGAAAACUAGGCUUAGCUAAGCACGUCCGCGUCGUAAAUUCGCGUUGUAGAUCUUAAGCUCCCUAAUGUAAGACGGCAAAACGCAGGUCUGUGAUCAGGCCAUAGAUUCCUGUUGUUUGAGUAUAAUUUUGACGUAUCCGAGUGUUUUCAGUAUGACAUUACCAGACACAGUUCAGUUUUCCCGUAUGCCAUUGUAUUAAUGAAGAAGUUUUGAAAGUCCCGACGUCCAGUAUUGUUAAUAUUUUUCUCUUUGACUUUUCAUUUGGUAGAAUGAUCCACAUUUACGAGAUUUUCUGUUGAUUAAAUUGUUGAAUGCCGAACUGGCUGCUUUCAAAGCAAAGCAAUUUUCAACAUUAAUGGUAAGCAAUUAUGGCUAUCAAUUUAAAUACGGUACUACAGUAAUGUCCAGUUAAUUAUAUAAUUCAAUUCACUUUCAAACAGGAUUUUUCAAGAGGUUUACUUUAUUUUUAACAACGUUUCGGACAGUUUUACUGUCCGUCUUCAGGUUAUUACAACUUUGUAAUAACCUGAAGUUGUAAUAACCUAAAGACGGACAGUAAAACUGUCCGAAACGUUGUUAAAAAUAAAGUAAACCUCUUGAAAAAUCCUGUUUGAAAGUGAAUUGAAUUAUAUAAUUAAUGAUGACCAGAGGUGAAAGUUUUAGAAAAAUAAGUAAUGUCCAGGGUUUAAAAUAAAUCAUUUAGGUAUAUUUGUAGGCCGUUUGGUUCGUGUACCUUUUUUGUACUGGCGAAUUUUUUUCAGGCUCUGAUAAGUCGAACAUGAAAUGAUUACGCUGAAAAUACCAACAUGUACAAAAACUGCAACAAAAUAGAAUACUCAUGCAACAACAGUCUUUUUUAAAUAGAAAAAAAAAUCGAGACUGUAUCAGACAAUAUUAUUGAGUCAAGAAAUAUUGUAUAGAGACUUCUAUGCCUAUGGAGCUUCGGUGAUUGUGGGUUCGAUGCGCGCUGCGGACUCAUGACGCUUUUGUGAAAAGAGUCCGUCAACGCUCUAUAGAAAGCCGUGGGUUUCCUCUGGGUACUUUAGUAUAACUACCAGUCUAACUACACUCUACAGUAUAUGACCGUAGAAAUGCCUUAACAACUAAACUCUUCGAUGAAAUAACUUCUGAUGAAAAGAAUAAGUUGCAUUCCCUAUUACCAGAGCCCAAUAUCUGUGAUGUUAACCUAAGACAAAAGCAAAAUUUCAACCUGCCAUUAUGCAAAACAAACAGACUUAAAUUUUUUUUAUAUAGCAAUAUAGUAAAUAGACUAUUUUAGUGAUUUUAGAUACAGAUAUUAAUAUUAAUAAUUAAAAUUUUACAAAAUUUUAAAUUGUAAAGUAUUACUUAAUUCAGCUAUCUUGCUGUAAAAGUAAAUACUAAUAAAACUAUCUAUCUCGAUUUGUCUAGCAUAUGUGAUUAACUGCAUAUAUACUGUACGUAUUUUUAAACAGUGGCUGCAUUUAAUAAAAUCGUAUUGUGAUUGCACUCGCAGCGAGCUUAUUCUUCUGAUGAGUGAAAAAGAGCUAAAAUAAAGCAUUGCGUUUUGAUCUUUUCUGCAGGAGAGGACGCGAAAGUUGUUAUUUGAAGAUCUCGUGUCAACGCUAUCAAAGAAAAGCCAAGAAAUGCUUUCGCCCGGUGAUGUAAGUUUGAGCUAAACUAGAUUUCCAUAAUCAAUCCUGUACACCUUAAAUGGUAGCUAUGCCUAACCCUAACAAAAUUCCGGAAAAUCCAACCACCUUCCAUUUAAGCAAGAAAAACAUUAGGAAUUAAUUUCCACUGAGUAACUCGGUGUGUUACAGUAUUUCCAAACGAGUGCAUGGUUUGCUCUCAAUAGUUGAAAUCACUGCAUUACCCCAGUGAGCUCUAUAUAUACUGGAACGGUAACUCCAGGUAAACGGCUCUAUGAUUGGGUGAAGUCAAGAUGGCGGCCGAUAGAGUGAUCUCUUGUAGGUAUAAAACACGCGGGUAUUUCGCGUGGGCUUUGCGGGAGCUGAAAAAUGACCAAGGUUUUUCCGAUCUAUGUUUUUCAAUUUUUGCACGUAAAUGUCCAUUUUGAGUGGUAAAUACUCUACUUAAAAACUAAUAACUAAACAAAAAGGUACGAUUGAUGCAACUGUUUGCACGUAAAUGUCCAUUUUGAGUGGUAAAUACUCUACUUAGGGCCUGUUCAUAUGAUCCCGCUUACCGGGACGUCUCGCUUACCGAGACGAUUAUUUCCGUGCGUUCAUAUGGAGUAUUUCGUCCCGCUUGCCGAGAUGAAAUUACAUUGUAGUUCUAUAAUUAGCGUAUGCAAAACUUCUACAUUUCAGUCAAGCAACACAAAUACUUGGCGAUUUUAGUGUUUUUCUUCGUUUAUUUACAAGAAAAAGUAUUGCUUCAGGUGGUUAUUUGAUACUUGUUUACAAAACAAACAUAAAACCAAGUAAAAAGUGUUAAAUUAAACCGGCAAGACUUGUUUCACUUCAUCCCGGUAAGCGGGCUGGCGUGUUCAUAUGGAAAAAUUUUCAUCCCGCCUACCUAUGAUCUCGGCAAAUUCAAACGAGAUCUCGGCAAGCGGGCCAGCUCGCUUUCUCAUAUGAACACAAUGCAAAAUUUUAUAGGAAAAUAGAUAGGCGGCGAGAUCAUCGGUAAGCGAGACGUCCCGGUAAGCGGGAUCAUAUGAACAGGCCCUUAAAAGCUAAAAACUAAACGAAAAGGUACGAUUGAUGCAGUUCAUAUUAUUUUGUGUUUAGUUCAAAUCCCUCAUAGAUAGUCCAGAAAAACAAAGAUUUGCUGGUGUUUGUCUGUGGGGUUUUUUUCUGAACAUGUUUUUCACUCGUGAAAUAAUCAAGUGUUUCUAAAAUUUACUUAUUGUGAAAGACCAGUUGUUCUAAUUUCUUAGGGUUAUGGUAAAGUUGGACUUAAAAAAUAGUUGGCCGAAAAAAUAAGAAAUUUUUACAUGAAAUGAUGCGGGUGAAUUUCCGCGUAGAAGCCAAAAGGGCAUACUUUAUACAGGACGGCCUUCAGUUUCCGCCAUCUGUGGCUUCAAAAACACAGCCAAAGUUGUCGUUCUAGUUUUUAAAGAGAUUACCCUGAAUCCAAGUGUCUGGUAGUCUGUGGACCUUCCAGCCCUUGCAUAUACUGUAUAACUGUUUCCCGGGUAGGUUAUGUUACUGAACUCUAGGUAGUAAGACACCAAAGUUUAGUGAAAUAUCAGCUAUUGCUUUUUUGCAUAAAUUCGAAUUGCAUUCACAACCCAACAUUUCGACACUCCAGUCUAGUGUCUUCAUCAGAGGUGCUUCAUGAAGACUGGACUGUAGAAACGUUGGGUCGUGAAUGCAAUGGACUUAUUACCUAAUGAACAAAAUUUGGAUGUAGACAAGACUAGACAAACAUUUCAACACGGCUUGAAAGAGCAUCACAAAAUUAGUAAUAUUCCGAAGUUUCGUUGCGAAAUGCUGUAAAAUGCAGAUAAUAUAGCCCUGCGAAGUUUGCCGUUUUUCAGUCAUUUUGUAUUACGCACGGGAAUAAAAUUUUAGCGUGAAAAAGCCGUGAUAAAAUUUUAGUCUAGACUUAUCUAGAUCAAGAUUUUGUUCAUUAGGGAAUAGGUCCAUUCGACUGGGCUUUGCAUUCAUUUACUACGUUUAUAUGUUUAGGGUGUAGGCGGUGGUCAAUCCAAAGGAAGGAUUCUGCAUUCGUUACGAAAUGCUUUUAGGUCAGAAUCUUUAAGAGGAGAGUCUUUAGAUCGUGACGUCACUGCGCAAAGAUCAAAAUCACUGGAAAAUCUCGCGCAUGACGAUGAACUGGACAAAACAAAGAAAAAAAGACCUCACACUCACGGUUAUAUCAAGAGAUAUUCUGUGAGCGGCGACAGAACAAGACGGGCGUAAGUAUAUACAAAUAGCAAUCUUAUGAUUUUAGAAGGAUUCCUGUUGUCUGUGCCUUCAAUUUCCUAUUGUAAAACUAAUAAUAAAAAAAAGGAAAAAAAAGUAAACCUUCGAUGUUUCGAGCCCUUUGACGGAUUUUCCGACGAAGCCGAAUUGGAGGAUUUGAAAUGAUACCUCAUACGAAUAAGUCUCUCUUUCCUUGUCAUGUAGUAUCGAACUAUCGAUCCACUAUAGUGUACAUUACAUGACGUAGCACGGAGGGCGGAGCGAGAAAGAGAGACUUGUCAACUUCGGAAAAUCUCGAUUCAAAACUGAACCGAAAAUGCAAGACUUGCUUUAAUUGUUUUCAUUCAAUUUCUUUCUGUAUUAUUUGCUAUUAUGGAACUCAUGUUAUUUACACUGUGCUAGAUCAAUACAUAUAAACACUGACAGAAAACAAUUAAAGCAAGUCUUGCAUUUUCGGUUCAGUUUUGAACCGAGAUUUUCCGAAGUUGACAAGUCUCUCUUUCUCGCUCCGCCCCUUCGUGCUAGGUCAUGUAAUGUACACUAUAGUGGAUCGACACUAUAUGACAAUGAAAGAGAGACUUGGAGCAAGUCUAAGGCUAAGUACAAGUAACAUAAAUAAUCGUAAUACUUGAUGUAAUCGGUCACUGAAAAGCCCCAAUGUGGAGUGAGCUGAAUAAUAAUGUAAUGUAGUGUAAUGAGCAAAGUAAAGCAAUAUGGUCUCCGCAGUACCCGCAUUUCCCCAGCCAUGUGCACAACUAAUACAUCGAAUGAAAAGAAAAAACAUUUUCACAUUCUCAUGUUGUAACUGCCGAUUUUUCAGCCCCACUAUACAUGUAGUCCUCAUAGCAAACUCUGAGUAAUAUUUUCAACAUUUCAUUAUGCUUUUUCAGUUUUCGUCCAAAAGCUAAAACAAUGUUUCACGCUCCGCCAUUGAGCGCCGUCGACACGGCCGAAGCGAGAGAACAUAUGAUAUCGACACAACCAGGAGCCAAUGAUGGUGACGUCAGUCCCACAUUUAGUCGUCGUGAUGAAUCUCCAUCCGGGUCCUUUCACAUCCUGGAUACUGAUCAGGCGAAGUCUGCGUCAUUAAUGAGGGCGAAGAGUCUGGAGUCUGGAGAAACUAAGGAACCUCUUUCGCCUGACAAGGUAUGAUCCUAUAUUUUUCCAGUGUUAAUAGAAGAGGAAGCCUACGUAAACUGAACUAACUCUACUUACAUGUAUACUGAAUUCUGUAGCUCUAUCAGUUCUAAACUGUAAUUCUUCGUAGAGUUCCAGCAAGGACCAUCCCUUAUUUUUUAUCCACUAUUCAAUUUGGUACAAGACUACAAGAGGGAAUCAAGCUGAACUGACUUUAUUUAUACUGGAUAGCUUUAUCAGUUCUAAACUGUUAUGUCUAGAGGCUCUUAUUUAUCUAUAACUGUAUAUUGCAGGAGUCGAGCCCGGAUCAAAGAGCUAAUAUGCAUGCACAUGCACUAACAAGUAACAACUGUGCCACUUAUCGAAGUGUAAGUCCCUUUUAAUUACAACUUGCGUUUUUUUUUUUUUUCACAGUUUCGGGAAGACGAAACGACAACACAUAGAAAAGUCAACGGUCUCAUUCCAUCGCCAAGAAACAGGAAGAAAGUUAAUUUUGGUUCAUUAGACCGAAAUUCUCCUGCUUCGGCCAGAAGGGUAAUUAUUUGUUCCACGAGUUUUUCUGCAGUGUUUCAAACUUUUGGUGGUCCAACGUAUGGUAGUGUAGUAUUCAACAAUAGGCAGAGCUCUAGGAAGAUAUGGUAGGGGGAGGGGGGGGGGCUUGUCAUCGAGCUUCGUUAUGGCUCAGGGUGUAAUCACCAGAGUGAGAAUGAAAACACUAAGGCGUAAUCACGAGAGAGAGCUGUAGUGCGGCGGCCAGUCUGCCCUGACAAUAUCGCCAACUGCUGUUACUUGCCGCCUCCAUAAUUUUGAAAAACUUAUGAAAGUCUGGUACCAAAUAUGACAACUCACAAGCAUUUUUUAGGAGGAAGUGGUAAGCAUGCAUUCACACCCAUAUAACGUAAUUGUCAUAUUAAAUAAUGAUUAUUAAAUAAAACUUAAGCUAAAGUUAACAAUAUAGCAGCAAUAUACGAUUCUGUACAAUGCAUGCCAAUGAUGCCAGAACAUACGCAUUUUAUACAAUCUGUUUUGUUCUGUGUAGGAUUCCUUACAGCUCUACUGAUAAAAAUUUUAAACAACUAGAGUUGAUAGUUAUAACUGUUCAUUAAACAGCAACGCUUAUAGACACGAUUAAUUGAGUAUCUUAGAAAAAGUACUGUAUCUAAUGUCAGUCGAAUGGCACAACUCGGGACUCUAUUCAUUUCAUCAAGUGACCCAUGUUCUGAAAGAUUCGCAUAACUUAGAGCCUUAAACGGACACCAAAACCCCUUUGGCAUACAUGUUGAAAAUUUCGCGCCCCCUCCCCCAAUAUUUCGUGAAUUAAGUGUCCGCUUCUACACUUUGCGUACAUAUACUUUUUAAAUCGCAUCUUGAGAACCUAACUUUUCAUACAUACAUCUUCAUUCGAUUUCGACAGGGUGGACCCAGCUCAACAGAUGUACCCUUCAUAGAGAAUAAAGUUGGUAAAGGUAUGUAAUAGACCAUGACUGUCUUAAAUGUCAUGCAAUACAGGGUGUAUAAAAAAAAACUGAACAGAUUUGAAAUUGCUCUCAAUUUCGAAAAACAGCUAUUAGUAUCAAGUUUUUGAUGCAUAUAGCUUCCUUGGGUACUUAUAAUGUAGAAUAAUGAAAAAAAUUUCUCGAACUCAAAUUUUGCGAACCAGGAGGGGGUGUCUUUUCCAACAAAAUAAAAAUGGCUUGCGCGCGAAAUUUAAAAGCUUUAAUCAUAUUUUGAGUUGAUAGAUAGAACAUUUGUUAGGUUUUUAAUUACUGUACAAAAUUUCAGACAAUUUGCUUUAGUUUAAGCCCUUUAACUAUUUAUUUGUUUCGACAAAAUCAGCCUUUCGCAUGCUUAAUUAUGCCUUUACCUAAUUUGCAUAUUGCUGACAUAUGUAAAUUAGGCAAAGGCAUUAAUUAAGCAUGCAAAUAGCUGAUUUUUUUAGAGGGAAAUGUAAGUUUACGUGAGUAGUUAAAGGGCUUGGACUAAUGCAAAUUGUCUGAAAUUUUGUGCAGUAAUUAAAAACCCUACACAUUUUCCAUCUAUUAACUCAAAAUAUGAUUAAAGCUUUUAAAUUUCGUGCGCAAGCCAUUUUUAUUUUGUUGGAAAAGACAUCCCCCCCCUGGUUCACAAAAUUUGACUUCGGAAAUUUGUUUCAUUAUUCUAUACUAUAAGUACCCAAAUAAGCUAUAUACAUCAAAAGCUGGAUACUAAUAGCUGUUUUGCGAAAUUGAGAGCACAUUCAUAGCUGUUCAGUUUUUUUUUUUAUACACUCUGUAUUUAACAAUUAUACCAUGAGCUCGAGUCGUAUAUGAGCUGAUAGCCGACGAGGUGCAUAGCACACAGUCGGCUAUGAGCCGUAUACGACGAGAGCGAAUGGUAUAAUUGUUUUAUAAUAUAGUCUAAUAGCCAUUAACUGAAGCAAUAAUUAACAAUCCUCUGUUACAUUGUCUUGACAAUUUGUUCGGCCAAAAACCGCUUGGCCUUGAAAAUUUGAAAUACUUUUGUUUUACAACUCGAAGACGAAGUGAAAGAAAUGGUUUUAGAACCGGUAUAUCUCACAUAAAAGCUCAGAUAUAUUAUACAGAUGUUUGGUAGUAUAGUAAGUGCUUGUUGACUGCAAAUUCAUUUGUUUUUCGUGGCAAACUUUUCUGAACAAUUUAUAUUCUCAAUGACAAUGGACAAUGAACAUGUUUUUUUCGCUGUUGUUUCGGUAUUAAUUCUUAAAAAAACUUGUUUUUAAACUAAUUUCUAUGUAAUAAAUGUAUUUUGCUAACCUGUCAAAUUUUUUUGAGAGUUUUUCCUUGUACUAUUAUCUUUCUCGAAGCGAAUAUUUUCCUUUUUUCUGCUUCGCAAAACUCAUGUAGUUUUUGGACCGCCAUCUUGUUUUUCGCUACUCGCCGUAUAUGAGCUGAUAAACGGCGAGUAAUUCAACCAAUCAGAUUGCAGAACAGCUCAUAUACGGUGAAUGACUAUAUUAUAAAUAUAUAUAGCUUAUCUUAGAGGCUGUUCAUAUGGAGCUGGGCGGGCCAGGUUACCCGAGAUGAUACAUUUAAUAAAGCUUUUAUCACAGCUUUGAUAAACAUCCAAAAUUAUAUUUCGAAGUUGAAUUAGCUUAGUUUGAUUGCAGUAACAGUAUAAAGUUCAUUCAAACGAUCUUUUAUGGUCAGGAAAAACUUUCGUGACACGAUUCAUUCUGGCUAAUUGGGCUGGCCUGGCUUAGACGAACAGCCCCUAUACAUGCAGCAUACCGAUGCUUUCAUGGUUGAAAAAAUAUUGUUACAGCAAUUUGCUACAUUACUUACGUGGUUAUUCAGCUAUCAUUGUAAGGCGUUCAGAAAUUAUUGGGAGGAGGCGAUUGCCCCUCAGGCCAACCUACAAUGUGCGCCACUGCUGCAUCACCCUUGAUCUGAAAGCCUUAUUAUUGCAUGAGAGAUCUUGCAAUUUUUAUCUUCUAAAGAAAUAUCAAGGCCCCUUCCCCCUUUGAAUGUCACGUAAAGAUAUUUUUCUGCAGUUCGUCAGUAUGUGGUUGGAACAAAAGAUUCUUUAUUUUGCAUAGUUGAGGAGGAUGGAAAUUUGAUAGCGCAAUUGAGAGGAGAUCUCUAUAGACUGGCUGGUGAGAAGGCCAGAUUACAACGAGAAAAUGACGUAAGAUUAAUAGAGUAUAGAUUUAAAUUAAAGCCUGGUUUGACUCUAUAAUAAUGUAUAUAAAUAAUUUUUACUCUCAUAUUUAGAGGCUACGUGACGACGUAAAAAGCAUCAGAGAAGCGAUGACCAAGCAAGCCCAAGAUCUCUGUGAGUCUCAGAAUAAACUCAAUUCACUGCUGGCCGAUAAUAAACUGCCUGCAAGUUCUGUAUGACACAUAAAGGACUACGAAUAUACACCCUAUAUUUGCAUUCCAUAUAUAUGUAGGUGGGUUUGACUAAACAUUAUCGUACAAUGGUGGUUAAUCGUCAGUUGUCAGCGCCAGGUUCGCCGAGGGGGAGGGAGGGCAUUUUCCCCCUGGUCACACUUUAAGCUAAAAAAGACGAAGAAUGAGCCAACUCAUGCCAUUGCUAAGUGAAAUACACCAAAAUAAUUGUGAAGAAUAUUGAAAUGAGUUCAAAUCACUGCUGAAUCUUUUGGGCAACAAGCCAAACUAAGCUGUAAAUCGCACUAUAAUAGAUACGGCACAUAUUUAGUCAUAAUCAGCGUGGCCCUCGUUUAAAGCGGAAAAAAUAAACCGCUAUUCCGCUUCAACGAGGUUCUGCUACGCAGGUUAAUUUAAUCAGGGUGCAGUGCAUGCAUGUAUACAGUAAUUUAGGGGUGCAUCGGAUAGAGUAUUUUACUAUUCGUCGGCUACCGAAUAUACCGGUUAUUUGAAAAUAUCUACCGGAUGUUGGUUAUAUAAGAUUCAGGGUUAAAUAAUUUCAUUGGUCAUAAAGUGAUGGUGUUUAUCAUAUAUUGACUUGAAAUAAUAGGAACGAACUUCACAGCCCAACAGCGCGAUAAACAUAUGCAUGGUUGGAAAAGCGAAAAAUCUUGAAAACAUUGCCAGUUCCUCUACGAUCAUUUCAAGCAAAACCAUAUUUGCAAACCAUAUUGCAUCAUUUUUAACCUGAAAAGAAUGCCUGAACCUUCAAUAAACAAUAUCCGGUAUACCGGAUAAUGAGGUCUCACUAUCUGGCCGAAUAUGAAAGCUGGUCCAUUCCUAUAGUAUACAUACAUGCAUGUAUACACGCGUAACAAAUUGAGAAAAUCAACAACUUGUUCCAGGUUGAUAUCAACAGGCGUGAACAAGGUUGUGCGGUCCACUCCGGAACAGUAUUGUCAACAUGUUGUUACAGCAUUGUUAGCUGUAACAAUUUGGAACAACAUGGUUGACAACUUGUUCGUAGUUGGCCGCACAACAUUGUUCACGCCUGUCGAUAUCAACUUGGAACAACCUGUGCGUUUUUAGCCGUGUAUGAAAUCGCACACGGAGAUUUUUAUAGACCUAUUAUGUCCAAGAAAGAUUGUUUUGAAGACAUUACCAUGCACAUCAAUGAAUUGGUAGACGGGUAAUAAUUACUCCAUAUUCGAACUAAUCAAUAUUUAUAGUAUAUAUAUAUUAUUAAUUCUUACGCAUGCGCGGCAAAUAUAAAUAUUGGAUUUGGACACUAGAAAUAGCAAGAAAUAGCUUUAUAAAUUGUAGAGGUUAUAUUAGUCUUAAAUGCAAUGUAUUUUUAAUGGUGUGUAAUUGGAAUUAUAUAUACCGAAAUCCUAAUGUAAUGAGUAAUGUAUACUUUGGGGAGUUUUGGAGUCGAGGAGUUCAGUGUAUUAAGGUUAGUAGCAGAUUUUAGUGAACAAAACUUAACUUACUAACUCUAAUAAUUUACACUGGUUUGCUCAUAUAUCAGUCGAGUUCGAAAUUUGUUUCCCAACGGACGUCCAGUAAGGUCCAUUCCUUUUGGUCUAGUGUUAUAACAGGAGGAAAUAUUACGCUAAUGAAGCAGAAGCAACCAUAGUCAAAUGUACAAUCCAAGCGCGAAGAGUAUGAUGGGAAUGAGAUAUUUUAUGGGGUGAAAUGUAUCACUGUGCCGGAUAUAGCUUUCCGAUUCGACGUGAAAAAAAACAGCUAAGUCCUUCCUGACCGUACCUUUUAGGAACGCUAUUUUCAGAGGAAUUAUUGCGACGGAGAUCAGCUCAGCUUCUGAAAGUUGUGCAUUCCUUAUCGGAUAGGUUCUUUUUCUCGCCGCUACGGGAAGCUAUCCGGAAUAAUGGUGAAGGUAGCCUAAAUCCACCGCUUGAUAUAGCAAAAAGUACCAUAUACGAGUACGGUUCUCAUGCUUACAACACACAGAUACAAAUGGAGUACUAUUUUGUUGACAGAAAUAAAAAGGAAGCUAUUUACAUACAAUAUCAACCGUUUGCAUGCAGUGCCGUAGCAAGCUCGAUAAUAGAGACCUUAUACGUUUUUGGGACGGCAACGGCUACCAAUACAAUAAAUCAUUGAAAAGAAUUAAAAAAUUACAAUAUAUGAAUAAUUUAGACAUUGUCCAAUUCGCUCUGUUUACAACGCCAAAUCACACAUUUUCACGUCUUGAUACAACGGCUGCAUUUCAAGCCGCAAUAAGUGCAACUGCAAACUGGGUUCAGCAGAACUCUUCCCAACCAUAAACCUAUGUCUUCAACUUCUAAGACUGUAUUAAAUUCAUACGAUUGAUAAUAUACGACGAAUUAUCUUUACUAUACCAUUUAUUUGAAGGAGUUUGUUUUGGCCGUCGUCGUCGCGUUGCCGUCCUAAAAUCGUGUUCCAAUUCACAGACCAUAUAAAAACAAUCGAUUUCAAAAGAAAUUAUUAAAUAACGCAGAACACGAAUAUAUAUGAAUAUGAGCCCAAAUUCUCGAGCUUGCUACGGCACUGGUUUGUCGUUAAUUUGUAAAUCUCUGUUGUGUUUUUGCUGAUAAAUUGAUAGUAAACCCAGAAAAUUAUGUAUACCUCUGGGAAAUUAUGUAUACAGGUAAACAGCUAAAAAUAUUGAAAUUAGGUAUUGUAUUGUACAGCUAGGGUGUAUAAAAAAAACGCAACCUCGGAAUUUCCUAAGAAAUCACUGUGCAAUUCUUAAGCAUAAAAGAUUUUAGGCCGCUGGGAAUUGAAAUCGAAUUGCUAAUAGAUCAUAUUACUGUUGUUGUGCAUUAAAUAAAUGCAUAAAUUUUGCUUUAUGCACUCGCGUGUGCAGUAAUUUUGACAGUUGUGCUAUUUUAAAUUCCCAGGCGCCUAAAAUCUUUUGUCUUUAAAACAAUGUCGAUUUCUUGGGAAAUUCCGAGGUUGCGCUUUUUUUUAUACACCCUGUACAGGUAAACAGCUAAAAAUAUUGAAAUUGGGUAUUGUAUUGUACUGUACAGUUAUUUGCUUUGACAGCCUUAAUUGAACAGAUGUAUACUACGUAGAUACGUCUAUCUGUUCUAACUUGUUCUUUCUAGACUGAAGUGGCAUGAGCACGUGUUUCUGCUGGAGAGAACCGAAGUAUAGCUGGAGAAUUAUUUCGCUUCAGUCAGUAGGGAAAGGUAUUUU